GAGUGUAAGCAGCGAUGGAAACCAACGAUGAAAAUGUUAAGAAGAAAAAUCCAAGAGAGGGUGCCAAUCCUAUAUCAGCAUUAUUUUUUCUGUACAUGAUUCCGACUUUCAUACGAAACUAUAAGAGGGGUGUACAACGGGAAGACAUAUAUGAACCUCUAAAGGCACAUAAAUCUGCGACUUUAGGCGACAAACUGGAAAUUAUAUGGAGAAAUCUCUCCCGUAAGUACGACAAGCAUGCUUUGCACGUAGCACUCUUCAAAGUGUUUGGAUUUGAAUUAAUCUUUAUUGCUAUUAUUAAGUUAAUAGUGGAAGUAAUUGUACUGGUUGUCAUGCCUAUGUGCGUGGAUAAAUUGGUGUCCUUUUAUGAGCAUCGUUCCAAUGCGACGCUGGAAGAAACUUACAUCUAUGCUGGCGUACUUGUCGGCAUCAUUUUUCUGGACGCUCUUUCGGAGCAUCAAGCAACGCUAGCUAUUAUGCAUACCUGCAUGAAGCUGAGAGUUUCUUGUUGCUCCUUAAUUUACAGAAAAUCGCUGAGAUUAAGCGUAACAGCCUUAGCACACACAUCAGUCGGACAAGUGGUCAAUUUACUAUCGUCCGAUACGAGCAAAUUCGAUCAAACUUUCGUAUUGUACCAUUACGCUUUCUUAGGACCAUUAGAAACAAUUGUCGGCACUUAUUUACUUUACCGAACGUUAGGUAUCGCUGCGUUUGCUGGGAUAUCAUUUUUAGUACUUUUUAUACCAUUUCAACUUUAUUUGUGUAAAAAACUGUCACUGGUGAGACUUCGCACUGCUCGGCGAACAGAUGAAAGGGUGCGGCUUAUGAAUGAAAUUUUGAAUGGCAUUCAAGUGAUUAAAAUGUAUACGUGGGAGAUACCAUUUGCCAAGUUGGUUGAAUUGGCCAGAAGGCACGAAAUUGCGGCUAUACGAUCCCAUUUCAUCAUACAUUCGUUCUUAUUUUCCUUGCAAAUGUUUAUCACAAGAACAUGCCUUUUUAUUAGUUUAGUGGUGUUUAUUGCGAUGGGUGCCACCAUGACUGCUGAUAUAGCGUACACUGCUACCUCGAUUUACUCCUUUAUUCGGCCAGUUAUGACUAUGUUAUUUUCAUUCAGUAUUGCUUCCUAUGCCGAAGUUUACACCUCGAUAUCGCGAGUGCACGAAUUUUUAACUUAUGAAGAGCAAUCGGUGGACCGUGUUUUGGGAAAUCAGUUAUCUUUGACCUGUUUUGCUCCAAACAUUUACAUGGAAGAUGUGUGUGCCAAGUGGGUGACUAGUUCCUCCGAAAAUACCUUAACAAACAUUAACCUCGAUCUUCACGGAAACUUAUUAAAUGCAAUUAUUGGUUCAGUGGGAAGUGGAAAAAGCAGCUUAUUGCAUCUUAUUUUGGGCGAACUUUGUAAGACGUUUGGCGAUCUGCGAAUACAAGGAAGCGUUUCGUACGCUUCACAAGAAGCUUGGUUGUUUUCAGCCAGUGUGAAACAAAAUAUAGUAUUUUGCCACGAGUAUAAUGAAGAGAGAUAUGAGAAGGUACUCAAAGUGUGUGCCUUGGAACGGGAUUUGGCACUAUUACCAUUUGGAGAUCGAACGAUUGUUGGAGAAAGGGGAAAAUCUCUUAGCGGCGGCCAAAAAGCGCGAAUUAAUCUGGCACGUUGCAUUUAUAGAGAUGCGGACAUUUAUCUUUUGGACGAUCCCCUCUCGGCGGUUGACUCGAAGGUUGGCAAGCAUAUUUUCGAAAAUUGCAUCAAAAACUUUUUAAAAGACAAAAUGUGUAUACUGGUCACGCAUCAGCUUCAAUUUUUGAACCAGUUUGAUAAUAUAAUCGUAUUAGAAGAUGGAAGGAUAGUCGCGGAAGCGAAAUUUGAGGAGCUUCAGAGAAGCGGUUUAAACUUCUCCAAAAUUUUAGAUCAGCACUCAACUGAAGAUGACCAUGAGCAGGAACAAGUGUCUCAUCAAAAUUCUGACCCUUCAGAAAUCUACGAUCAGUUGGAGGACAAUGACAACACUCCAUUGAUUCAGAAUGAACAUUUGACAGAAGGUCAUAUUAAAUCAACAGUAUAUAAGGGCUAUUUCAAAGCUGGUGGUAAUUACUUUCUAAUAUUUUUCGUCGCCUUCGCUUUUAUAGGUAACCAGGUAGUUUGCAACGCUGGAGAUUACUUUGUUUCAUAUUGGGUUAAUCUAGAGCAAAAGGCGAUCGAAACGAACGACACUGUAAAUGAAAACAUCAUUAUUUAUGUGUAUGGUGGAUUAACAGGAGGGACAAUACUAUUUGCCAUCGGUCACAAUCUCCUAUUUUUUAUGUACACCAUGCGUGCCUCCGUAUCUAUACAUAAUGAAGUCUUUCAAAGAGUCUCACAGGCUGCUAUGAGUUUUUAUGAUUCCAAUCCAAUAGGAAGAAUUCUAAACAGGUUCUCUAAAGAUAUCGCUGUUAUUGACUAUUACAUACCGUACAUUUUAAACAGUAUGACCGAGAUUCUUCUAAUGUUAAUUGGAGCUGUCGUGCUCUCGUCUACAGUGAAUGUGUGGUUCCUAAUUCCUUCGUUUGGUCUAUUUAUUCUGUUUUAUUUCUUAAGAAUCGUAUUCUUAAGAACUAGCCGAAGCGUGAAGCGGAUAGAAGGAAUAAAUCGAAGCCCGAUUCUCACCCAUGUAACUGCGUCACUUUACGGACUAUCAACGAUCAGAGCGUAUUCGGCACAAAACCUUUUAAUACAGGAAUACGAUUCGCUACAAGACAAGCACAGUUCUGCGUGGUAUCUAUUUAUAUCAGCUAGUAAAGCUUUUGGUUGUUGGUUGGAAAUGAUAUGCAAUUUAUUUGUAUCUGGAAUCAUUGUCAGCUUAGUAGUUAUUCCAAAAGGCUAUUACGGCGGAGACAUCGGUUUAGUUUUAACCCAAUACUUGGGACUAAUGGGCUCUUUACAAUAUGGAAUGCGACAGUGGAGCGAAUUAGAAAACAACAUGAUAUCGGUGGAACGAAUUUUGGAGUUAAAGGAUGCGGAAGCAGAGCCGAUACGUGAAUCUAAACCUGUGCCGAAAUUGUGGCCGGAGUUUGGCAGAAUAGAAUUUGUACACGUUUGCCUAAAUUACACUAAAGAUUUACCUAUAUUGCGAAAUUUAAAUUUCACUAUUCAGCCUGGGGAAAAGGUUGGAAUAGUCGGUCGAACGGGGGCCGGAAAAACUUCGACUGUAGCCGCAUUGUUUCAACUUUAUAAAAUCGAAGGAUCGAUUAUAAUAGACGACGUAGACACAACUAAAAUAGAUUUAAAACUUUUACGGACAAAAAUCUCGAUCAUUCCACAAGAUCCAGUGUUGUUUAAUGGUACACUGAGGAAAAACUUGGACCCAUUUGACGAAUGUAAUGAUGAUGUCAUCUGGAACGCUUUAGACCAGGUGGAAUUGAAAUCAACCGUCAGUGAUUCGAUGGCUGGUUUGAAUAUAAAUGUAUGGGAGAAUGGUUCCAAUUUCAGUGUUGGACAACGACAGCUCAUUUGCUUAGCGCGCGCAAUAAUUCGCAACAAUAACAUUCUCGUCAUGGAUGAAGCGACCGCGAAUGUUGAUCCAUAUACCGAUGCCUUAAUUCAGAAAACUAUUAGGAAUAAUUUCUCUCGUUGCACUGUCAUCACAAUCGCUCAUCGUUUGCACACCAUUAUGGAUUCGGACAGAGUUUUAGUCAUGGACGCGGGUUGUGUGAUCGAAUUUGAUCAUCCCUAUACCUUACUGCAGCAGAAAAACGGCAUCUUUUCUUCCAUGGUAGAAAUGACAGGAAAGAAUAUUGCAAAUAAGCUUUAUUGUAUUGCAGAACAGAGUUUUCAAGAAAUGAAGAACAAAUGAUGAGGGCGAUAUAGAAGACUUAGUCACAGUCAUAUUGCAAUGAUACGUUUUGGGUACCUACUAUAAACAUGCUCGUAUAGUUGUAUUAUUUAUUAUGAAAUAAACAAGUGC